GCCCUUCGCCGUCGGUAAGAGGCCGCGCGCGCGCGCGCGCUCGGGGUCGCGGAGGGAGCCCCGCGUUUCCUAGUUCUCCUGCCGCCGGAGGGGUCACCCGGGGUGGCCUGAUCACUAGGCCUCACUAGCCCCCCUCCCCUACCCACCCAUCCGAGCACAACUCCCGCCGCCAACCACGACCACCGUAACCACCGCGACGAGCGCCGUAGCGAUCGCGACCCGUCGAGCGAUAACAACAACAAGGCAGGGCGAUGGGAGUGCGGUAAAGGCGAGGGCGAGUUGAGCUCCCACCCCCCCCGCCCGCCCGCCCCCCACGUGCCCGCCUGGCCCAAGAGGCCACCGUCACCAUUGUCGGGGCAAUGCCGGCGCGGCCUCUCGCCCUGCGUGGCGGCGGCGGCGGCAGCGAGGGUUUAAACUCCACCCGCACCUCUCUGUCUCUGGGUGUCUCUACGUCUGUGUAGGUCGAUGCGGUCGAUGUGUUCGUGGCUCCCGAGUGAGACUUCCCCGCGUGUUGCUGCGUUCGUUUUACCCGGCGCCGUCUCGAUGCGCUCCUCUCGACUUUUUUCUGCGUCUUAUUUUUCUGCUUCCGUGUUUCGGUGCGUUUCUUUCAACACGCGUCUGUGUGGCUACGUGAGUGUGCUCCCUCCCUGCGCGUGUGUGUGUGUGUGUGCCUUCACUGCGUGCGACCGUGUGUAACUGUUUUUCUGCGUUCCGCCGUGUAUGCCUCUCCUCCGCAUUGCCAUGUGCGUGUGACGUUGUCAAUGUCCAGUCUUGUUUUUUUUUUAAUCUGCGCGCGCGCGUGCGUGUGUGACUGCCUGCGUCUGCAGCGUUGACACUGUUGUUGUUGUGCUCCGUGCGUCUCUUCUCGUGCCUCUUAGCGGUUGGACCGCGCCGGCACGGACGCGGCGGCGGCGGGAGGAGGCGGAGGCGGAGGAGGCGGACACGACAGUUGCGCUGGCGGCGCAGGCGGCGCUGGUGGUGGCGGUGGCGUCUGGACGGGGCCCGCGCUUGGCUGAUUGGGCCCGAGCGCGAUGAAGGAGAUGGUCGGCGGGUGCUGUGUGUGCUCUGACGAGCGAGGUUGGGCAGAGAACCCGCUCGUGUAUUGCGAUGGACACGGCUGCAGCGUGGCCGUGCAUCAAGCUUGUUACGGGAUAGUGCAUGUCCCCACGGGGCCGUGGUUCUGCCGAAAGUGUGAGUCGCAGGAGCGAGCAGCGCGAGUGAGAUGUGAGCUUUGUCCACAUAAGGAUGGAGCAUUGAAGAGGACGGAUAACGGAGGCUGGGCACACGUGGUGUGCGCGCUAUAUAUUCCCGAGGUUCAGUUUGCCAAUGUGUCCACCAUGGAGCCCAUAGUACUCCAGUACGUGCCUCACGAUCGCUACAAUAAGACGUGCUACCUGUGCGAAGAGCAAGGGCGCGAGAGCAAGGCGGCCACAGGCGCCUGCAUGACCUGCAACAAGCAUGGGUGCCGGCAGGCUUUUCAUGUCACAUGCGCGCAGAUGGCCGGCCUGCUGUGCGAGGAGGAGGGAGUGGGGGCCGACAAUGUCAAGUACUGUGGCUACUGCAAGUACCACUACAGCAAGAUGAAGGGGCGCCCGGCCGGACGGAGUGCGUUUGACGCCGGGCUAGGCGAGGCUCCGUCGCACUCUCAGGACAAACACGAGCGCGACAAGAAGAAGAAUCGAGAAAAGGAAAAGCAAAAGAGGCAUAAACGAGUGGGGGAGCCGAGCCCCCUACUGCCUUCCCUCACCGUCACCACUGAGAAGACGUACACCAGCCCGAGUGGCGCCUUCCUGAACGCGUCGCUCAAGCGCCUAGACGACCCGACUGCUCGAUUCACCCAUGCCAACUUCAAGGAGGUGCCGGUGCACUCUGGCACUGGCAGUGAGGGCUCCGAGGGCAAAGGUCAGGAUGGCAAGAAGAAGAAACUGCCCCAUGGCUCGGGGCAGAAGGGAAAGAAAGGCGGCAGUGGCGCUGUCAAGUCGGUAAGCCUCGUGCAGUCAGCCCAGGAGCUGCUGGGCUACGUGGACCUCAACACGCACAAGGACGGUUACGCGCCGGCGGGCGGCCUCAAAGGAUCCGGCCAGGGCUCCGGCGCCACUCGCGACGGCCCCAAGGCCAUGGAUGGGGCCUGCCAGGACCCCACGGCGGUCCCGAGCAAGGCCGCGGUCGGCGGCUCGGCCGCUCCGCCUCCGCCGCCGCCGCUGCCUCCGCCGCCCCCGUCGUUGUGCGCGCCGGCCCCCACCGCAUCACCACCGAGGCUCUACGAGAAGGCCUACGAGCACUCGUCGCCCCCCAAACUAUACGAGAAGGCCUAUGAGGAGUACGUGAUGAGUGGCUUCAGCACCGUGGGUGGAAAGCGUUCGCACCCCUGCUCGUCCGGAAAAGACGAGUCGGGCCCCGGCUGGGAGAACAAGCGCAAGGCAAGCAAGAAGGCCAAGCCUUCGGUGGGCCUCGCCAGGGCCGCAGCUGCGUCGGUCGGUGGUCCCGGGGGGGCGCCACCACCCGCCGCCGCCGCUGCCGCCGCCUCGUCAAUCGCUAGUGCCGCGACGUGCCCCGGAGGCGGCGCCGUUGCAGGAGGCGCGGCGGGGCCCCCUGCGCUGGACGGGCUGGCAACAGGUGGUGGAGGUGGCGGCGGUGGUGGGGGAGGAAGGGCUGGUGGCGCAGGGCGGCCCGACGCCUUGCCCACGUCCUCGCGCCUAUCGAGCUCCUCCAACUCGUCAUCGGCGUCUUCGGUGGCGUCGUCGACGAGCAGCGCGUGCGGUUCGAGCGCCAAGUCGCCGUCGUCGCAGCGCAACGGCAGCUUCCACAGCAUGAGGGCAGCGAGCGCCUCCCCUCCCGGCUCGUGUUCUCACAGCCCGCCUCCGCCUGGCCUGCCCGCCUCGGGUGGUUUCCUGAGUGGGGACGCGCCACCGUCCCUGCAGAGCUCAGGGGGGCCCUCUCCUCUGUUUCCGUCGGCGCUGGCCCAGCCGCACCUGCCCACGCUGCCCCCAUUGCAGUUUUCCUCACCCGCUUUCCCGCCAACGCUCUCCACACAGAGUGGAGGAUGUCUGCGGUCUCCCCAUGGUCUGGCACCGGCUCAUCUGUACGGGAGUCCCCUCAGUACGGCCAACAACAUAGCCGCCCUGCCCGCCAUUACGCCCGCCGCCGAAACAAGCGCCCUGGACGACAAGGCAGUGGACAGCUCUGACUCGAGGCUACAUAAAAAGAGCGUCGCGUCACACAACAGUGCCCCAUCUUUUCUGCAGACGUCCGACAUGCAAGUGCGCUUCGACGCCGCUCCGAGCGCUCCCUCCGGGCGCUACGAUGUCCCGCAGCCUGGCCUGUCUGUGCGCUACGAGCCGGGCCACCUGGGGCCCGGGACGGGCCGCUUCGACCAGGCCCUGGGAAACACGCCGAGCCGCUUUGACCUGGGCCAGGCAGGCACGGGCAUGGGCCCUGGCCCUGCUGGGCUGGAGGCUGCCCAGCAAUCAACACCCACCAGCAUCGAGCAGCUCUUGGAGCGGCAGCUGAACGAGGGGCAGCACUUCCUGAUUGAGCAAGCCGCCCCGCCUGAUGUCAUAGGCUACUUGCGGGGCCUGCACCGGCUGCAGACGGAGAACCGUCGUCUCGAGGAGCAGAUCCGCAUGCUGACGGCGCGACGCGAACGCCUCAUGCUGCUCAGCAGCCAGCUCGCUCUGCCCCUGGGGCACGCUGAUCAGCAGUGCAGCAGGAAGACUCCACCGGGUGGUGCCGGGUUUCACAUGGACGGGGCGCUCACCAUGUCUGCCGCUGAGUCGGGCUCGGGCACCCCGCUGUCCGUGCCAAGCAGCUCCCCUCUCCUCCCGGGCGCAUCCCUCACCCCGGCCGGAGUGGCUGGCGUCCUGCACUCGCAGCAGCACUCGCUGCCUGGCGCCUCCGGCAUGCUCGGUAUGCAGCAGCAGAAAGGAGCAGCCAUGCCCACCCUGACGCCAGCUCAAGGGGUGGCGUGCGUGCCCACGGGAAUGCUCGUGCACCCUCAGGGCCCUGGCAACAGCAAUUCCAUACCAAGUCUGGUGGUGCAGCAGUUGCCACAGCAGCAGCAACAGGGCCUGGGGAUGCAGCAGCCGCUCGGCUUGCAGCACAGCACCGUUGGGCUGCCGUCGAUGCCGUCGAUGAGCGUGCAGCACCAGCAGCAGCAGCAGCAUCAGGGUGCCGGACUGACGGGUGUGCAGCAGCAGGUGGCAGCUGGUGUCGGCGCGAUGCAAGGCGGCGCCGGCAGGAUGUUAAGCGGCCUCCCCGGCAGCCAGAUCUCAAUCAACGGACUCGUGGGGGCACUCAACAGCGUCGUGCAGACGCCAGCGGCAGCGCCAAUGGGGCAAAACUCGAGCCCCAACCACCCCACGCUGGGCCUCUCGAUGCCCAGCAGUCUCGGCAACAGCAUCUCUGGGCUCGCCCUGCUGCAAGAUCAGCAGCGCCAGAUUUUGAUGCACCAACAGCAAUCCUUCCACCAGCUCCUAGGAGACCAGCUCUUCACGCAGGAUCCUCAGCAACUGAUGUACCACCUCAUGCAGCAGCAGCAGCAACAGCAGCAGCAACAGCACCAGCAGCAGGGCCCCAGCAACGCCGCCUCUCACGAGCAGCACCUGGCAGUGGGCCCAUCGUGCACGCUGCCCCCCCUGGGCGGCACCCCUGUGCCCGUCUCUGCUCCCGGCCAGGCAAACCCCUUCCUGAGUCUUCAUUCUGACCAGGCUGCUCUGAAGAAGCGCAGCGAGAGAGGCACCCCCGGCAGCGGCGAUGGAAGCUGAAGGGUCGUCAACGCAGGGCCGGACGUGCAGAGUUUGCGCAGGGCAGCUAGCGUGAGCAGUGCAGGGGGUUGAGGAGAAGAGGAAGAAGACGGGGCAGGGGUGGGGGAUGUCGUGCUAUGCUGGCAUGGAGAUGGCGGCGGUGGCGGCUUGCCCUCGUCGCACGGCCGUUGAGAUCACUGAUUACUUGAGCUGAGCCUGGAGAAACUGAACUCAAUUGGGGGAGCACACCGAGCGGCAUCGACAAGACACCAAAAAUGUACCUACCUCCUCUGGCACGGUCUCGGCAACGGCUGCUCUGCACGCCUGCCGCUCCACUUUUUCACUGCUCUUAUGGUGCGUGAGGAUGAGUGGGAGGCAAGCUUUUGAGUGGUAUUAUAUAUAUUUUUUACAAUUCCCAGAAUGUAUAAAUAUUUAGCGAGUGCCCACUAGGUUUAACUUAAUGUGGGAAAAUUGCUUGGAUUUUUGCAAAAAAGGAUUGUGGAUAGUAGGACUAGCAUUCGCCCGUCUUGGCCUAGGAUAUGGCGGAGCUGACGAGACCACGUUUAUAGAAAAAGUAAAGUUUAUUUGUUUUUAUGAACUUGAUAAUUUUAUUUAUGUUCUUCGUAUUGAAAUGGACACGUGUGUGCUUUGGGGGCCCACAUUGGCAUUUUAUUUUGCAAAUGGUCUAUCCGUCACGAGGGGGGGGGGGGCUACUGUGUUGUAGAUCUUAAGUCACAGAAAUUUAUGGACAAGGACUCAAACCCAGGAGAAUCAUCCCUGCCAGUGCCCCCCCACCCCCCUCCCUAUAUCCACUGCACAAUUCACCAAUGAGAGGCCAGCGUAUUGUGGCCCCUGAUGCACAUCGACACCUCCCUUGCACGCAUCAUCUUGACCGAGCCGUACAGGGAUGUAUUCGGUCCUGGAAGCAGACAAUUAAAUCGGCCGAGAAGCUGCUACUACGGUAAUUUGUGUGCAGGCACAGGUUCCCUUCACGCCAGGCACAAUGCCACAAUUUGCGAGUCCUGGUCAUGGCGAGUUUGUGCCGUUGGGGUUCACGCUGCCAGCAGUUGCUGGACUUGGGGGGCAGCAUCUGUCCCCAGCAGCAGAGAGCGUGGUCGCCGCAAUCUGGACAUGUGGGUCAAGCCACGAGACGCGGUAUUCGUUGAAGCAGAACUGCGCCGUUCCCAAACCUGGGCCGCAUUGCCAAUUCUGCACCGCGUUGAAAUUGGCGGCCAGGCUGUUGGCAUACGGCGCUCUCGGGCAGUGGUUUUUGCCUGUCGCGAACACCACGACCGAGUUUCCAAGCCGUGCGCAUUCGCAGUGAGUGAACUCUUGCUGCCACACGCACGACGGUCGCUCAUGAGCAAGCCCGAGUCGAGCCCCCAUGCACGUUCCCAGGCCUCUCUCUUUGUCCCUGAGAGGCUGCUUGCAUGCCGUGUAGCAUUAACUGAAGUCUGUGCACUGUGCACAAACACUGGAUGUGGCCACAGGAGUCGUCACAAGCGAAAAGGUGCGAGGGGAAAGUUAAAAGUGCAGGGACCCACAUGCCUGGCCUUGUUUCUCUCCUCUUCAUUUUGUAAAACUCCGACCCGAAUGACGUUGCUGCCACCACCCGUGCCCGUUUUGCGCCUGCAUCGCUGCUCGUCUUCGAAGCCGCUCGCCCCCCGCCCUCGCGCGCGACAGUUUUAGACCAAUGGUAGCAAAUACCUUAUAGUUGUGCCUCGCAGAAAAUCAGGUUUUUAGCACUACUAGAUCUUUUAUAAAGAAAGCUAAAUUAUACGUAUUAAAAAAUGAGAUUAUUGCAAACGCAAUGGGGGUGUGUGAAGAGAGAAGGUGGGGUGCUAGCCGACACGCGCCUUAAACCUCGAGGCCCUGCGUUGCGUGCGGUGCGGUGAAGGCACGAGUGGCCGUUUGGGGAUCGAGGGCCCCUCCCCAUGUGCUUUGGGCCUCAACGUUGAUCAUUGCGGCUGAGGUUUGAUGGUGUCACUUUUUACCCAUUUUUGCCCAGCAAUGAUCUCCCCGAGGUCUCCACAGACAGACGCGUUCAUCUUCAGGUAUUGUUUUUAUGAAAUGUUUCCAUGUUUACACUAUUUUUGUUUUCCUCAAAGUGUAAAGGCGGGGGGGGGGGGGGUGCAUUAGAUCUUGCCCGUAUCGUGAGGGCCUCGUCAGCUGACCCAGGUGCCUCUCUCAUUCAACCCAAGACGUUGGCUCUUGAACUCUAUAAACUCCGUCUGCCAUUGAUGUUAUUAUGGCAGGAGCUCGCCCAGCAUGGGAUCUCCAUGCCUAGGAUACUUGUUUUUUUUUUUAAUAUCCACCUUUUGCUAUUCUUGAAAGAACUAUUUCAUGAGUGAUUAAUUUGUGGUGCCAGUAAUGUAUACGUUAUUGUAUGUAUACCUUUUUUCUAAUGCACGAAACUACGCGUGAUUGCACGUGUAACUACCACCACCUGUUUACAGUAUGGACAUGAUGUGCAGUCGAAGCUGGCGGUGGGCAGUUUUGCACCCUGGCUUCUCCAUCUGCAGAUUUUGGCGACGGAGCUAAAAUGAUUGGCCAUUGUUCCAGCUGUCGUCCUGGGGAUUGCACAUCGAUCUUUUAACACGUAAAUUCAACCCCAUCUCUAAUUUUAACUGUAUGUGGAAAAUGCAUUCACAGUUAGUGAUAGCCAAUAUUUGAUAGUCGGUGCAUAACAUUCAUGGAAUAGAACUGAUUCUUAUGCUUGCGGUGCAUGCAUCAAUUUGUCAUUUGAGAAUUGGUUAUUUACAAUUCGUGCAACUUGAAUGAAAUUAAUAGCAAAUAUUUCUACCUAUGAAAUGAACAAACGUGCACAAUUGGGAGAAAAAUUAGUGCUGAGGUGGUGAAAAUUAAGUUCUUUAAAUUUCUGCCUCAAGAUCUGACAACCAUAAUGAAUAUCUUGGCUCCUUAAUAUCCUGGAGGAACUGGGUUAUUGCUGGAGCAAAAUUUGCUUUCUUGUUACAUGCUGAAAAUGGUUCUCCGUACCUCGUGAUGACUCGUGUGUUUCGGACUGAUUUUGUUGGAGACUGAUUUGCAUUUGCCAUCAAACUGGUGUAACGCAAAAAAAACAAUCCGUGAUCUUGUAUGAACCACUUAAGAAAUUUACAACAGCCAGUGUAGCGACAAACACCCAUACAGUUAUUCAACACAUUUUGGUUCAGAAAUGAGCAACAACAUAGCUACUUUCAAACAAAUUAUCCGGAUGGGAAAUUAGCCUGAGAACAUCAUGAACCAGCCCAUACCCCAUUCUCCGACUAUCUCCAGGAUUUUCACUGCCCAUGUCAGGAAAUUAUUUAAAUCUGUUGUGUUAUCUUUGUACAUUUAAAUGCACUGGCCACAUCUCACUUGGGGCGCUCUGCAAACUGCCCAACAAAGGCCACGCUCUCAACUGCUUCCUCCGCCCCAUAAUACAAAAAAGAGCACAGGCCUUUAGCCGCCCUGCGCACAAACUUGCAUGGGUUUUUAUCAGAACUGUACUGUGGGAAUAAUAGUUCUUCGGGGAGGCAGCUCGGUGGCAUGUUCCUACGAGCCUCUGAAACGUUCUGCUCAGGGACGCGAGCGAAACGCAUGUGGACGUGCCCGUGUCCAUACGUGCCGCUGUGCCAUCGGGGCACCGUUUAGCCCGUUGCCUUACCAACACUGAAGCACUACACACGUAUGCACUAGCAAUGACAAGCAUGGCCAUCGAACUUGAAAUGCGCGCAAUGAAAGGGUCGCAUUGUGGCGGGCUCCUUGAGACGUCUCCACAAUCGAUCUUACAUUCAGUACUUUUGUGCGGGCUCCUCCAGAAAACUUCGUGAUGCCCUCUUCAUUUUAUUUUGAUUAGGGUUUUGUUCACGAAGAUUCCUCCACGAUGCAUCUUCCAUGCCACUCUUUGGUGAGGGGCCUCCAAAAGGCCGUUGGUGCGACCGCUUCUGGAAGCUCCUCCAUUCUCUUCGAGGCUCUUCUUUACGCAGCGACUCUGUUCGAAAGGUCGAUCAUCUCCGUGGCGAAAGAGCGAAACGUCAACGUCGUGCACGUGUCAUGUCGCGCCAACAUGAGUAAUGGGCAUGUUGUGUUGUAGCGCUACGCAGUUGAAAAUAUUCCUGUAGGGGGUUUGCUGAGCACUGGCCCGGCCCCUGGUCUUAGCCCGUGCAUGUCGCGAUGGGGAAGGAGUGGGGGGCACGAUGGUGGCACGCCUGCCUCCUGCUCAACACGCAAUGGGGUUCUGCAUAUUAACUCACGUUUUCAUUUCAUUUUGUACGUUGAAGAGGCCCGGCAGAUGUGUUUGUAUUUCUAAUUUAUUUCUACACGUUUUCCUGUGAAACAGUCUGGUUUGUAGGAUGUACAGUGGGUGAUUUUUCUUCCCAGUUGCGUAAUAAUGUGUACAAUUUUUGUACAAAUUUGUACCUGAUACUUCCUAAAGUGUAAAUGGGUAAUUAAAUGUCUUUUGCAGUUUAAUAUUUUUUUA